AUGGAAGCAAGAAUAUCGAACUUGUCCCCGGAUACUCUACCAAUCUCUUGCUUGGUGUGGAACGUUCAAGGAGCAGGAGACCGCACCUUUGUCUCUGCACUCAGAGACAUGGUUAACACCCAUCAACCUAAUGUUCUUGUCCUAGUAAAAACGCAUAUAGGAGGGAGUCAAGCACAACAUAUCUCGUUUGUGCUAGGCUACACUGGACACUCUAGAGUAGAUGCAGUUGGAUUUAGUGGCGGCAUAUGGGUUUAUUGGAGAUCGAAAGUCGUCACGGUGGAACCAAUCCUCAAACACAACCAGCAUAUUACUAUGAAUAUAACUCGGAUUGGGGCCUCUCAUACUUGGGCCCGGGGUCUAUCACCAGAAACUCGAAGAAGUGCAUGGCUCGACAAAGCCUUGUGUAAUGGAGACUGGGGUUUGCGCUUCGACAAAGCCAAAGUUAAACAUCUUCUUGCCUCCCAUUCAGACCACUGCCCAAUAUUCAUAUCACCCAAUGGCUUUGCACUAAUGAACUCCCUUUCUCGCCCGUUUCGAUUCCAAGCUACUUGGAUAAGUCAUGAAAAUUUCAAUGACUUUGUCUCUGAAAAAUGGAAUAACAGCAGUUCCCUUAUACAUGCUCUAUCUCAAUUAGCCGAGGAUCUUCAAGAAUGGAACAGGAACGUGUUUGGUAACAUCUUCCAUCAAAAACGCAAAAUCUUAGCUAGGAUUGCAGGAGUUCAGUCAACAUUGUCAAAUAAUGUCAAUCGAGGCCUGAUUAAAUUGGAGUCUAAGUUGAGACGAGAACUGGGCGAGAUUCUUGACAGAGAAGAGACAUUGUGGUAUCAAAAAUCCCGCAUAGACGGGCUAAAGAACAGAGACAGGAACACCACUUUCUUCAACUUAAGCAUUAUUGUUCGAAGAUGGAGGAACAAAAUAGUGGGGGAACUUUGCAAAGGAUUUUGA